GGUGGAGACUGCCAACCUGCGAAGGCUCUUAUCUAUUCCCGAGGGUCUACAUAAAGGGAAGCAGAAGGGAAACGAAGUUCCCGUCCUUUGCUUACUGGCUAUAGUUCCCUGCCAUGUCGUUGGAAGACAAGCAGAGCGGAGACUUCGUGGACGCCGAGAAGGGACUGUUACCAGCCGAUAUAGAGGCCGUUGAAGCAAUCGCCAUCCCAGAGUUCGAUGAUCCUAACAUCGACAAAGAUGCUGCCAUCGAGGGAGUACUUGAGGAUGAUUCUCCCUACCCCGAGGUUCGGUCCGCCGUGGCAAACACAGACGAUCCAGCCAUUCCGGUUGGGACUUUGAGGUCUUGGACUAUUGGCUUUGUCUGGGCUAUUCUGAUUCCAGGGCUUAACCAAUUUUUCUUCUUCCGAUAUCCUUCUGUGACGAUUACCGGUCUCGUCGCACAAUUACUUGCGUUCCCUAUUGGUCGAGCAUGGGCAAGAUUCGUCCCUAACGUCAAGGUGUUCGGUAUAGCCUUAAACCCAGGUCCUUUCACUAUCAAGGAGCACGUUCUUGUUACAAUAAUGGCUACAGUCGGUUAUCAAAGUGCAUAUGCCACUGAUAUCGUUGCUGUCCAACGAGUUUUCUAUAACCAAGUAUUCAACUUCAGCUACCAGUGGCUCAUGGUCAUGUCCACCCAAUUGAUUGGUUUCUCCAUCGGUGGUAUAUGUAGACGAUUCCUUGUUCAACCCCCUUCGAUGAUUUGGCCGACAGACCUGGUUACUUGUGCCUUGUUCAAUACACUCCACUCCACGCAGUAUGCAGGGAUGGGAAAACGUGGAGGUAUCAGCCGUGAAAGAUUUUUCCUGUUCGCAUUUCUUGGGUCAUUCUCUUGGUACUUCAUGCCUGGAUAUCUCUUCCAAGCAUUGAGUUAUUUCUCCUGGGUGUGCUGGAUUGCACCAGACAAUAUCAAAGUCAAUCAGAUGUUCGGGUAUCGAUCCGGUCUUGGAAUGAGUCUCCUUACCUUCGACUGGGCUCAGAUUGCAUAUGUCAUAUCGCCACUGGCUACACCUUGGUGGGCUGAGGCCAAUGUCGCAUUUGCAUUUGUAUUCUUCUAUUGGCUUAUCGCACCAAUCUUAUAUUACACCAAUACUUGGAACUCUGCCUACCUCCCGGUCCUCAACGAUGGGUCUUUCAAUCGAAACGGAACACCGUACGACGUCUCACAAAUAGUCAAUGCCGAUGGAUCUUUCAACCAGGCCGCCUACGAAGCCUACAGUCCCUUGUACUUGUCGGUGACUUUUGCACUGGCUUAUGGAUUGUCUUUCGCUAGUGUAACGGCAACGUUGACACACACAUUCCUUUUCUACCGCAAACAAAUCUGGCAUCAGGCCCGCCGCUCCAUCCACGAACAGGCUGAUAUUCAUGCAAGACUCAUGUCGCGCUACGCCCAGGUACCCAACUGGUGGUACAUCAUUAUCUUCCUGGCUAUGUUUACAUUCGGAGUGAUUUCGAUUGAAGUGUGGGACACACAGUUCCCAGUUCAAUACUAUAUCCUCGCCCUUGUGAUAUCCUUCUUUUACACCGUUCCUAUUGGUAUAAUUCAGGCAAUAACUAAUCAACAAGUUGGGCUCAACGUUAUCACUGAACUUAUUAUUGGUUAUGCUCUUCCUGGCCACCCAGUCGCAAUGAUGAUGUUCAAGACUUGGGGAUACAUCACAAUGGCACAAGCUUUGCAGUUCACCCAGGAUCUCAAACUGGGUCAUUACAUGAAGAUUCCUCCGAGAACGAUGUUCGCCGCUCAAGUUAUUGCCGCCGUUAUCGCUGGAACUACUCAAUUGGGUGUUCAAGCAUGGAUGUUCACGAAUAUUCAGGGUAUGUGUGAUCAGGACCAGCCUGAUGGUUUUAUUUGCCCUUCGACGACGGUGUUCGGCACGGCUAGUAUAAUUUGGGGUGUGAUUGGUCCUAGGCGAAUCUUUUCGCAGGGCACGACUUACUAUGGUUUGCUGUUCUUCUUCGUCGCUGGUUUCCUCGCACCUCUCGGAGCCUGGCUUGUCAGUCUUAAAUGGCCAAAUAGCUGGAUCCGCUAUGUCAACUUCCCCGUCGUGUUCACCGGUACCGGCCUUCUUCCACCCGCCACUUCCAUCAACUACGUUCCAUGGGCCAUUGUAGGAUUCAUCUUCCAGUAUGUCAUUCGUCGCAAACACUUUUCGUGGUGGACGAAGUACAAUUAUGUUCUUUCCGCCGCUAUGGAUUCUGGAGUGGCAAUCUCGACUAUUGUAAUAUUUUUCUGCUUGGAGUUCCCUGACGCUGGAAAGAUCGGGCAGAGUACCAUAGCCACCUGGUGGGGCAAUACCGUCUUUGAAAACACUGCCGAUGGACAAGGAUUGUCGCUGCUCACUCCUCCUCCUGGAGGAUUCGGACCGAAUACUUGGCAUUGAUGUGCCAUUUUUAUGUUCGCUACGAAUGACUUGGGUAGCAUCUAUGUAUGUAUGUGUCUGUUGUAUUAUCUGUAGUAAUGCUAUCAUCUGUGAGAACCAAUUGUCAAAAUUCGGAUCGAACCCAUGUUGACGCCUUAACCUAGCACCGAGGCAUUCGAAUUUCGCUGUGAUAGAAAUAUGAUACAGAAAGGACUUGACUAACAACACUACAAAUGUCCCCUGACACGCUUUGGCUCAUAUCUACCA